AUGGUAUCUCAAAGUGAGCUAGAAGCGGCUAUUCGUCAAAAAGUCGAAAAAGUUUCAGCCUUGAUUGUUUCAGACGUUUCAGGUGGAUGUGGUCAAGCAUACGAUGUGAUCAUCGUUAGUGAAGCAUUCGAAGGUUUGAAUACGCUCAAGAGACAUAGAAUGGUUAAUGAACUACUCAAAGAACAAAUCGCAGAACUUCAUGCAUUCUCACAAAAGACUUAUACACCACAACAGUACGAACAAUUAAGCGCAAAUAAUGCUGCUGAUUCAUCUUCUUCAAACAUAGCAAACGGAGCUUCUAUACCACAAGCUACUGUCGCAACCCCAAACAGACCAUCUACUCUGGACACAUCUGUUGCACAACGUGGUGCAAAGGUGCAUCAUCGUACCACAUCCUCCAACGUUUCCGUUCCAGAGCUUAUCUUGACGCCAGAUGCAGCGGAUGAAUCGGGUAUUGAUGGUAAACGCGGACCAUCUUCGGCUGGCGGUCAUAAUCGUCAGAGAUCUUUGACACCAAAUAAUCUCAAUGAUAUGAUGGGAGGAUCAUCUACCGGAAGUCCAAAUAGCGCUUCAAGUGGUAUAUCAAGAUUACACUAUUCCACAAUCACAGAUACGGGCUUUUGGACGGAUUUGCGUGACUUAUUGGAAAAGAGAUGUAUGCGUGAAGAUGCAAGUCCAACUUCAGCCGGUGCAACGAGUCCAGGUGCAUUGCCAAACCGUCAACGUGGAGAAGCGGAGAUGGUCAAAAUCUUUGAAGAUUUCUUCCAAUCGCAAAAGAUUCAUAUGAGUGCAAGUGAUGCAGCCCGUGUUCGUGAUGGAACGGGUAUGUUUGGAAUGUAA